CCCGUGUGACAUCAGCCAGCCUCCACUGCUGCCACCGCCACUGGGAGUUGUGAGGUUUGUGCCGGGCUGGGCCAGCACCAGGCACUGACACUUCAGCUCUUGUUGGGAGAACAGAGAGAGGUUCUUGUCUGCUGCCUGUCCUCGGCUCCACUGCUGGGCCCCCGGAGGCUUUUCCUCAGGCUGCACAGAGCCCACUUGCUUGUGGCUACAGAAUGGCCUCCAGCCCAGCUGAGAUCCCUAGCCCACAGCCUUCCAGGGCCAAUGGGAACAUCAACCUGGGGCCUUCAGCCAACCCAAAUGCCUGUCCCACAGACUUCGACUUCCUCAAAGUCAUUGGUAAAGGGAACUAUGGGAAGGUCCUGUUGGCCAAGCGCAAGUCUGAUGGGACUUUCUACGCAGUGAAAGUGCUGCAGAAAAAGUCCAUCUUAAAGAACAAAGAGCAGAGCCACAUCAUGGCAGAGCGCAAUGUGCUGGUGAAGAAUGUGCAACAUCCGUUCCUUGUGGGCCUGCACUACUCCUUCCAGACCUCUGAGAAGCUCUACUUUGUGCUUGACUAUGUCAAUGGAGGGGAGCUUUUCUUCCACCUGCAGCGGGAGCGCAGGUUCCUGGAGCCCCGGGCCCGGUUCUACGCUGCUGAGGUGGCCAGCGCCAUUGGCUACCUGCACUCCCUCAACAUCAUUUACAGGGACCUGAAGCCAGAGAACAUUCUCUUGGACUGCCAGGGACAUGUGGUGCUGACAGAUUUUGGCCUUUGCAAGGAAGGUGUAGAGCCUGAGGAGACCACGUCCACAUUCUGCGGCACUCCCGAGUAUUUGGCUCCUGAAGUGCUUCGUAAAGAGCCUUAUGACCGGGCAGUAGACUGGUGGUGUUUAGGAGCAGUUGUCUACGAGAUGCUGCAUGGCCUGCCACCCUUCUACAGCCAAGACGUUUCCCAGAUGUAUGAGAACAUUCUGCACCAGCCGCUGCAGAUCCCCAGGGGCCGGACAGUGGCUGCCUGUGACCUCCUGCAAGGCCUUCUCCACAAGGACCAGAGGCAGCGACUGGGCUCCAAGGCAGGCUUUCUCGAGAUAAAGAACCAUGUCUUCUUCAGUCCCAUAAACUGGGAUGACUUAUACCACAAGAGGCUGACUCCACCCUUCAACCCAAAUGUGGCAGGACCUGCUGACCUGAAGCACUUUGACCCAGAGUUCACCCAGGAAGCUGUGUCCAAGUCCAUCGGCUGCACCCCUGAUACUGUGGCCAGCAGCUCUGGGGCCUCAAGUGCUUUCCUAGGAUUCUCCUAUGCACAGGAGGACAAUAACAUCUUGGACUUCUAGGAGAGAAGCAUCUGUGAAGCCACAGAGGCAAGCUGGUAAUAACAGUCAAAGUCGUAAGUCUGAUGGCCUAAAAAAGAAACAGGUGGAUUUUUUCCCAUUCCCUAAAAGAACCAGUGUUAAUCUGGCCUGGGAUGGUAGGACAGGGCAUCAGAUAUGCAGAGGCGUUUUGUAUUUCUGUUCUGCUCUUCUUGACAAAUGGCUUCCAAUAUUAGGGUUGUUACAUGAUAAAAGAAAAUGGCUCCUGGUGGUCUAGCCACCACUUUUGUGUUCUGGGCAGGGAAAAAAGGAGGAAUGGGGUUGAGGGAAUGGCAAAAAGGCACCAAUGGAGAGCUUUCCUAGAAGCCCUACCCAAUGACUUCUGCUGACAUCUCACUAACCCCCUUACUGUAAUGGAGCCUAGGCACAUGACCGCCCCUAAUAGCAAAGGGGUUCUGAUGCUAAGUGAGAAGGGGAGGAUGCUGGCUACUCUUCAGUUUACACCCGUCAAAGUCCAGCUCUGGCUGUAGGAGAUGGGAAUGUGGUGUUGUCUCAGUCACAACCUUGUAGGGAGCUAGCACUCUUUACCAGAGGGCCUCUUGGUGUUUGCAUUUUUAUCUCAAUGUAUAAAACGAUAAGUAUGCAACAAAACUAUAGGGUAUUACCAACAUCUUUUACUCUUCUAUGUUGAUGGUGUCUUUCUUUGUUGUGGGUGCUAAUGGACAGUUAUUAUUGGGUUUGGCUGCCUGACAUCUGAACCCCUUCCAGUACUCAGAGAAUCCCUUACUUUCUGAGCCUUGAUGAGGGGAAAUAACUACUUCCACUUAGAGUAACUGAAAAAUGUUAGAUACUGACUUUCCCACCUUCCCCUGAGCUAGGGACAGGCAUGUGGUUCAGAGAUGCACUUGUGCCGAACUUUGACCCAAAGAAAGGAGCAGGAGCUCUCUUUCAGGUGGUAGCUGUGUAAUGAUACCCACAAAACUGAGUUCCUGGUGUAGAAGUAGCAUCAAUGCAAACUGUAGUAACUGGUCCUCAGCAGUGGCAACUGAAGCAUUUCCUCAUCAGACCAGUGAAUCAGUGUCAUUCUUGGAAGCCUCAAGCCUCCUUUUCUGCCUACCCCAGUGAUUUUAAGAGCUUCUUAGACUUCAAAACACUCCUUUUUUGUUUUAUUGGCCAGAGUCAGCUUGAGAAUGCUGCCUUCGUGAGCCACUUUUUGUGCUAGACUCUUUCAUGUCAGUUAGCAAUUUUCAUCCAAGUAACCCUAAAGUAAGAAGUAUUACUAUCCCCCUUUCUUUUUUUGGUACUGGGGAUCGAACUCAGGAUCUUGCACUUGUGAGGCAGGCAGAAGCACCACUGAGCUAAAUCCUCGGCCCUUUACUAUCCCUUUUUUGCCAAUGAAGAAACAGGGCCAGAGAAGUUGUUCCUUGCUUGAAGGCCACCCUGCUAAUAAAGGAUAGAACUGGGACUUGGAGCUACAGAAGCCGGAUCCAGGGCUCUUGCAUUUAGCCUUUGCACAGGUCUGCCCCUGACUUGGUCUUUUAGGUCCAAGCAGAAUGACUGUCAAAAUUUCUAAUGAGAGCCAAGGAAAUAUUUGGCUGGAACAACUUGGUGGUGAUGAAAAGUGGUUUUGAAGAAGAACAUCCAAUUGGACCCUCAUUCAUAGUUGAAGCUGGCUGCCAAGUUAAUGGCACAUGGAAUGCCCAUGUGGUGACCAGAGUUUCCUGAAACCCAAUGAGUGUCACAUGUUCAAGCUUAAUCAUUUCUAAAUGCAAUUGACUGGACACAAUGUAAGCUUUUAACACUUCAUGAAUUAAGGACAUUCUGCUCUUGGGGAAUGAAUUAUGCUCCUUUAUUUUGUGGGAAAGUAGUUUUUUGUUUUUUUCAACAGACCCAUGGUAUAUUCUUCAGCAUAGCCUUAUCUGCUUUUUCCUUUGGAGAGAAGCGGGGAGAACUUUCUUAGGAACAGUAUGUGCUGACAAUUUUACUCCCUCUUCCUCUUAACUCAGUCCCACUCCUUUCCUUCAGUUUUUGGCCCCCUCCCCGCUGUGCCCCAAGACUUAUGAGGAAUGAGGCUGGGAGACCUUGGAAAAAAAAUCAUCAGUGACACUGACUUAUUGGAGAUCAAAGAUGGGUCAGGAAGAACUAAUGUUAGACUUUGACAUGUGCUGAGAACACUGAAAGAAAAUCUGAUUUCCAUCUUAAAACCACUUGUUAAUUGCCAAAUAUGGAACCUGAGGACAAAUUCUCCCAACUCCCCAAAACAAAAACAAACUGUAUAACUGUCAGAAAAAUGAUGGUACUGUCAAAAGCACGCUAUCACCUAUGUGUUGUAAAACACAUAAUGUCCUAAGAGUGUAAAAUCACAUUGUUUUAAUCAGGCUAGAAAAAAAAAUGAAGCCAGGCAUGGGGACACACACCUGUCAUCCUGGCACUUGGGAGGUUGAGGCAGGAAGAUCACUGCAAGAUCAAGGCCAGCCUGGGCUACAUAGUGAGCUGAAGGCCAGCCUGCACUAUAAAGUGAGACCCCAUAUCGAGAGAAAAAAAAAAGAUAAAAUUAUGCUAGUAAACUAAUCAUGCUACACCUGUUUACUGAAUACAGUGUCAGUUUUAUGUGUAUUAUUUACAAUUCUUAUUACAAGCCAGCAUUUAGAAAUUAUUAACCUCACUUUACAAAUAGGAAACAUCCACCCAGGAAGAUUAAACAACUUGCCCAAGGUCAUCCAGCUGGUACAAGUUACAGCCAGGAAUUGAAUUUACUGGGAUCUGACUCUAAAAUCUGUUUUUCUACAGCCUCAGUGGGAGUAGUGCUCUGGGCAGGUUCUCCUUUGGUCUUCUAGCAAACACUUACUGAACAACAGGCAGAAGAAUCCAAAGCCUGUCCCAGUUCUACAUCAUUUCCGUUUUGAUCCCUAACUGCAGCCUACAGUCACCCAAUUUUGCACAAAAACCCAGCAUCCUCACAAGAGAAUUUUCUGAGCUGAGGAUGUAGCUGAGUGUAUCUGCUUAGCCAAGGCCUUGGGUUUGAUCCUUUCAGAGAUCCUCUUCACCUUUUCAAUUUGCAGUGACAGCGGUUAUGAAAAGACAAGACAAACUGUGCGUUUUAAUAUCCUCUACUACUCUGUACAUGUUGAAGACAAAGAUAAAUGUAAAUCAAAACUUAA